CCGAGGAUUAAAAGACCCAUCAUUUCACAACAUUCCCCYCCCACCUCAUUUUCUCUACUAUCAACGAACCGAUAAAAUGAAACUUCUUUUCACAGCUUUGACAGUGAUCGUCCCGGUUGCGACGGCCUUCUCGCCCGUCAGCCUUAGCAAGGUUGCCUCCACUCCCUCCACCACUGCCGUAUUUGCCGAAAACGGAGAGAAUGGAUCCUUCGAAAAGAAGAAGRUUAUUGUUUUGGGAGGAGACGGUUUCUGCGGAUGGCCUACCUCUUUGUACUURUCUGAUCAAGGACAUGAUGUUGUCAUUGUGGACAACCUCAGUCGAAGAAAGAUCGACCUCGACUUGGGAUGCGAUUCCCUUACUCCUAUUUCCAGCCCAGAGGUGAGUGCAGGUCGAUCCGAUAUYAUACUUCGACGCACGUGGUUCAGUUCUUCAUCAAAUUCGUUUUUGUUUCAUAUGCAUUCGAAGUCGUAUCCAGCGUCACUCGCAUGGCAUCAGUGACUGCCACGAUKAAGGUAUAUGACGUCGCAGGAAAUCUUUGCCGUCUUCGRCAGGAAAGGUCAUCUCUGUCGACAGCAUCAAAAAUUAGAUUGUCGUACCUGUACCUACCUUUAUUGCCUAUGUCUCGUCUAAUCAUGAUGUUUAUUUCCGCAUUUGAUGCCGUUUCUGAUUGUUUGYAACACACUUCCGAAAUACUCGACGGGCGAUUCCCCAUAAUCGAUUUUUUACGGCGUUUUAUCUAAAAAUACAAAUGGCCUCAACAGACCCGUGUCCAAGCCUGGAAGGAGGUCACAGGCAAGGACAUUCCUUUCCACAACCUUGAUGUUGCCAAGGACUACGACCUUCUUGUGCAGUUGAUCAAGGAUGAACAACCUGAUUCGAUUGUCCACUUCGCCGAACAGCGAGCUGCCCCUUACUCCCAAAAGAAUUCGAAGACCAAGCGAUACACUGUCGACAACAACGUUGGCGGAUCGAACAACCUUUGCUGCGCCGUUAUUGAUGCCGAUGUCGACGCCCACAUUGUUCACUUGGGUACUAUGGGAGUUUACGGAUACGGAACAUCCGGRGGAGAAAUCCCUGAGGGAUACAUUGAUGUCACUCUUCCCGGAGGCCGAGAAUCAAACAUUUUGCACCCUGCCUACCCCGGAUCUGUCUAUCACGCCACCAAGUGCUUGGAUGCCAUCCUCUGGCAAUUUUACCAGAAGAACGAUGCUCUCCGAAUCACCGAUCUUCACCAAGGAAUCGUUUGGGGAACUAACACCCCACAGACUGCCAAGGACGACCGCCUGGUCAACCGAUUCGACUACGACGGAGACUACGGAACCGUUCUUAACCGAUUCCUCAUGCAGGGUGCCAUGGGUGUACCACUCACCGUCUACGGAACUGGAGGCCAAACCCGUGCCUUYAUUCACGUCACCGACACUGCCCGAUGCAUUGAGCUCGCYAUCAACAACCCCCCUGAGAAGGGCGAACGCGUCGAAAUUUUGAACCAGAUCGCCGAAACCCGACGAGUUCGUGACAUCGCCGAGAUGGUUGCAGGAAUGACCGGUGUCGAAGCCAACUUCAUUCCUAACCCCCGCCAAGAGGCUGCCGAAAACGAGUUGGAUGUAUCCAACCGCAAGUUCCGCAACUUGGGACUCGAUCCUAUCACUUUGGACACCGGUCUUUUCGAAGAAGUCACUCUCAUCGUUGACAAGUACAAGUCCCGAUGCGACCCCAAGAAGAUCCUUCCUGCCUCUUUCUGGAACAAGAAGCGAGCAGAGGAAUGUGCCUCCCUCGAUCCCAACUCGAUCAAGAUCAAGGACGACGCCAAGGAAACCGUUGCCUAAAUCAAUCUGCCCAUAAUAAAUAAUGAAAAAUGUU